GCGCGAUGUGCGCCUGCGCGGGAGGCUGCAGGCCGGUCCUGCCCACUGUGGCUCUGCAGGCGGCCGAGGCUGGACAUGGACACCUCGGGGGGAUCUGCAGACAACCUGGACCCGAAACCCUGCGUUUUGCGCCGGAACGGCAGCCGGGAGCAGCACGGGGUGGCCGCCUCCGGCCUGAAAGAACUGAGGCACAAGGCUUGUGAUAUUCUGGCCAUUGACAAAUCCAUGGAACCCAUCACCCUGGUCCUGGCUGAAGAUGGCACCAUAGUGGAUGAUGAAGAUUACUUCCUAUGUUUACCGUCCAACACCAAGUUUGUGGCGCUGACUAGAAAUGAGAAAUGGGAAUACAGCAAUAUGGAUGGUGGCACCGCCUGGCUCUGUCAGGAAUCCGUCGACGAAGAUGAAACAGAUGGCAGGGUUGGGCUGAAGUGGAAGAAUGUGGCCAGGCAACUGAGGGAGGAUCUGUCCAGCAUCAUUCUGAUGUCAGAGGAAGAUCUACAAGUGCUCAUCGAUGCCCCGUGUUCAGAUUUGGCCCUGGAGCUGGCCCAGAGCCACGUGAAGACCCAGGGGCUCCAGAACACCCUCCAGCAGGUCCUAGACAAGCGGGAGGAAGCUCGCCAGUCCAAGCAACUCCUGGAGCUGUACCUGCAGGCGCUGGACAAGGAGGGCAGCCUCCUGACCAAGCAGGCAGAGCCAGAAGCCGGUUUCUUCCCCGAAGAGAUGGAUGAGGUGGAUACGGGCGGCGUCAGCCCCGAGGGGGCCUCCAAAAUCGCCCUCAGUAACCAGAUCCUGUCGGCGCUGAAGAAACCCUCCCCAGAACUGAGUUUGUCCAGCCAGGAUUUAGAGCUGGUUACCCAGGAAGACCCAAGCGCCCUGGCCUCAGCCUUGAGCUGGGACAAGGAGAGAGCGGACGCCGUCCACCGGGCCUGCGUCCAGGAGCUUGCCCGCCGCCACCAGCAGCUCCAGAGCCUCCACUCCCUCAGGAACGUGUCCGCCCGGAAGAAACCGGUGCCCUUGGAAGACCAGUCGAGCUCCAAGAGGGCCAAGUGAAAUCCUGCGCGGGGAAACCGCAGUGCCAGCUGGGCGUCCCGGCCUCCAGAGGAGCGGUCUGCUCAUCCAUAAACACGUCAACCGCCUACGAGGAUUUCCGAGCGCGCCCUUCCUUCCUGUGGAGACGGUGACCCCGCGAGGCUGGUUCCCUCAGGCGGAGGGGAUGACCGGAGGGCCGACUUGGAGGCCCCAGCUGACAGAGACGGCGCAGGAAACCUUCGGGCAUCCCGCCUUGCCCAGACCUGCGACUUUCUUGACUCCCAUUGCCAGAACGUGAAUAUUCAGGAACGUGAAUAUUCAGAACGUGAAUAUUCAGCACACGCUAGUUUGGGUGAAAGUCCCUCGAGAGAGCAAUGUGAAGAGAACAUGUUUUCUUGGCGCCAGUCAUUGUCCGCAGGUAGACUUGGUACCCCGGCCGAGGGCUGCGGCCAGGAGCUGGGACCUGCCCGGUGGGGGCGGGGAAAGCUAGGUUCCCUCGUUUCUUUCGGGAUGCCUUGUAAAUUUGCAGGUGGCAGGGCCAGCUCGGUCUCUGUUCUUCAUGUAAUCGGAGUCGGUAGCAGGAAAUGAUUCGUGAAUGCUGUGAAAAGCUUAUGACCUCAUCUGUUUGAACGUUUUAUCUCUGGGAAACUUAAACAGUUAUUAAAUCGCUUUCCGCUCAGCCUCUGCCCGGUAGGUCAAGCAAAA